CAAAUCUCUCCGUUUCUCUUUCUCUCCCCCAGUCUCAGGGCUCACCAUACUCAAUGAGCGGACAGCGCAAUGUCAGAGCGCUCUGGGCAAACUGCAAAGGGGAAGGAAGGCAAAACCAAGUAUGCGUCUCUCAACUUGUUUGAUACAUACAAAGGAAAGAGCCUUGAAACACAAAAGCCUGUUGUUCCCCCCCGCCAUGGCCUGCAGUCUCUUGGUAAAGUUGCCUCCGCGCGGCGUAUGCCACCCCCUGCCAACCUGCCCAGUCUGAAGGCGGAGAACAAAGGCAACGAUCCCAACGUCUCGCUUGUUCCCAAAGACGGCUCAGGAUGGGCAAGCAAACAGGAACCAGCAGACCCAAAGAGUACCGAUGCAUUGUCAGCAGCGCAGCCGGAAUCGCAGCAGCCUGUGGCUUCACAGAUACCUGCGCCGACCUGUCCGAGAACCCCACCAGCUCCAGAGCCCCCUCAGGCUCCGCCCCCAGCUCCAACCCAGGCCGUAGGGGUAAGGUCCUGGGCACAGGCCAGCGUUAUGCAUGGAACACAAGGAGAUGGUGGAAGGGGAUCAAACCUACCGUCGCCAUUCUCUCGCGAGGAAUUUCCCACCCUGCAGUCGGCUGGCGACCAGGACAAAGCUGGCAGAGAACAGGCCACUGCAGAUCAGUGGUAUGGGCCCGGACCAAGCCUCCGCCCUCAGAACGUUACAAGUUGGCGGGACGGUGGGGGCCGAGGCCUGGCGCCCACCAUGCCUGGGGAGGGGGUGGUGGAGGGGGGAGCAGGUGGAGUUCUGGUGAUGGAUGGGGCAGCUGGGAUCCCCGCUCCAAACACCCAGAUCCAAGGGCCACCUAGAAAUCCUCCUGCAGGCAGCCCCGCCUUGCCUCUGCCUCAGCCUCCUGUGGGGCCUGGCUUUCCUCAGUACCGAGGGAUCAUACCUCCCUUCAUGUAUCCUCCUUACCUGCCCUUCCCAGGCCCCUACGGCCCUCAGGGGCCCUACAGGUACCCGCCACCUGGAGAAGGACCGGCUCCAAGGUUCCCUCGUGGGCAGGGUGGUCCUGACGGCAGGCCACAGGGUGGCCCGCYGGACUCGGGUGGAGAGGCGGUGAAACGGCCCUCCAUCCUGAAGCAAGAUGACCUGAAGGAACUCGAUGAGCUGGACCACGAUGGCGACGAUGGCUGGGCAGGCGCUCAUGAGGAGAUUGAUUACUCCGCCAAGCUGAAGUUCAGCGAUGACGAAGGUGAUGAAGAGGGAGACGAGGAGAAAACUGAGAGCAAAAAUGACUCACGUGAGCAGCAGAGAUCUCAAGAUGCUCCCGCUGCAACCUCUCACUCUCGGGCCUCGGACAGCGGCGGAGAAAGCCGUCGCACARCUCCCUCCAACGCUGACGGCGCCCCCCAACCCCCCUCCAGCAAGCCAGGAUGGGCCGAGGAGGGGGGCAGCGGUUGGGCGAGCCAGGGAGCGAUUUCCAACUACCAGGAACGGCCACACAACCAGGGUGCUCCUCCCGGCCCGGGGAAGCCUGCUCCUGCCCAACAUCAACCAGCAGGAGGUCCCGCCUCGUCCCCCCAGCCUGGCCUGCUAGUCCACGGCUCCCAGGGCGACGACGAAGACGAGACGUGGCGCCAGCGCCGAAAGCAGUCGUCCUCCGAGAUAUCCGCCGCCGUGGAGCGAGCGCGUCGCCGCCGGGAGGAGGAGGAGCGACGGAUGGAGGAGGAGAGGCGCGCCGCCUGCGCCGAGAAGCUGAAAAGGCUGGACGAGAAGCAGCAGCAGCAGCAGGGCAGCGGCGCAGGAGGAGGCAGCAAGACCCCCAGCCUGGAUGGAAACUCUACCGCUGCUACCGCCGGCAGCCCCAGCCCCUGUGUUUCAGCAUCCUCUCCCAGCGUCAGCCAGCCCCCCUCCCCUUGUGUCGACACCGAGGAGCCUCCGGUGCUGGCGGUGCAGCCGGGUCCUGCUGCAGGAGGAGGUGACCGGCGGAGAGCAAGCAGCAACAGCAGCUACGACUCCAGCGCAGAUGUCCAACAGGUUCCACAGCCGGCUGCUCCACAGCCUCAGCCGACCACGCUGGACYUUCCUUCACCGGUGGAGGCUAAAGAAGAGGCCAUGGCCAGCCCUCACAUUCGAGUAGGAGGUGCAGCAGAAAGGGUGGUCGACCCAGUGAAGGUGGAGAACUCUGGCGUGGGAGUGGUCCGUCAGUCCGGAGUUCCCCCCGGCCCGGGUUACUCCAAGUACCAGAAGUCUCUGCCGCCUCGUUUCCAGAGGCAGCAGCAGGAGCAGCUCCUGAAGCAGCAGCAGCAGUGGCAGCAGCAGCAGCAGCAGCACAGUCAGGCGUCACAAAGUCAGCUGUCCCCUCAGCCCCAGGCCCCCUCGCCCGGUUCAACCCCCCAACCAGGACCUGGACCAAAGCAGGGCGGACCCAUGUACCAGCCCGGCAGCAUGGUCCGACCUCCACCUCUGCCCAUGAACUUUGACCCUCGCUGGAUGAUGAUGCCCUACAUGAUGCAGGGUCGRCCCCCGCCCAUGGAUUACUACUCAGCCGGCAUGCACCCGUCUGGGCUCAUCGGUCGUGAGAGAUCCGACUCAGGAGGGUCUGGGUCAGAACCUUUCGACAGGCAGCAACAUCCYGGUCACCCUCACCGUGGAACCCCCCCAAUGGAUCCUAAGCUGGCCUGGGGGCCGGAGGUUUUCUCCGGUGGAGGAGAGAGUCACGGCCUGACGUCUCCCCUCAGACAGAAACAGGCACUCGAGGAGGAGGACGUGGGGAAGGCUUCCAGGAGCGACACGCCUCCUCACCGCUUGCGAGAGUCCGGUUUGGGACCAGUCCAGCAGCCCAGCUCUUCCUCCGGGGCGUCCAGUCAGACUCCCCCUCCUCCUGUGGGCGCUCAGGUCGGCCCCCCGGCAGGCGGCCACCACCCCCAUCACUACAUCGGCGGGCGCAGUGGCUACAGCAACUUCCCCGACCAGAGCGUAAGGGUGCCCCUCCACCAGCAGCAGCCGAGGCCGGGCGAGCGGGGCUUCUCCCACCAAGAUGAGGGGACGCCCCGGGGGGCUCAGCAGAUCCAGAUCUGGGGAGCCCCUCACUCUCAUUACGACCGUAACGGACGGGCCGACGUCCCCGCCGUGGAGGGCAGCGCCCACCUCCACCACCAUCACCACCCUCAGCCUCAGUACCCGCUCAACCCCCACAAGCCAGAAAGCAAGAAGAACGACCCGUCUCCUCCCCUCCACCAGCCGUCCCUGUCGUCCUCCUGCUCCUCCUCCUCCUCCUCCUCUAACAGGGAGGAGAGUAAAGCAGCUCAGCAUCAUCACCCGCCACAGCGGGACGGUGAUUCCGGGAUGGGUCUGGGUGAACGCGGCGCCAGCAACAGUCACGUGAAACCAGAGAAGACGGGUCCGACGUACGCACCCCAUCCCUCCAUCCUCAGCAACCAGACCUCGUCUCAGAACCACGCGCAGCAGCACCCGCAUCCCAAACCCAACCAGAGAGGAGGGCGCGAGCACAAYACGGAGACGCAGUGGGGCCCUCGGCCCGGGAGCAACAACAUGGGCAGGGGGUCCUCUCARGCCAGGAGGGUCACCAAUGUAGGAGGUGGGAACAACCCCCGUGGAGGGGAGGACUCGUUCAGUACCCCGUCGGACCAUAAAGCCUCCAACCACACAGGAGGCAGCAAUCCCAACAAGAGGGCCGGUCCGAUCAAGAAGCCGGUGCUGAAGGAGGUAAAGAGAGAAGGAGGUGAAGUUAACGGAGCAGAAAAAACAAGCGCAGGAUCUGGAAAAGAUAAAGAUCAGGAUCAGCCCCCCUCUGUGAAGCAGGACGCCCCCCCUCUGUCCCAGAAUGCUCCGGCUAAAGACGAGACGGCCCCGACGGCUAAACCCAAGAAUGGAGGGAAAGAGCGCCCCUCGGGUCGAGGGUCCAAAGAUGUGGACCCCACAUCUUCAGGAUUCCCUUCUAGGAAAGACCGAAACCGAUCUUUCGAACGAGGCGGCGGCUCCCACCACCCCGGAGUCCCCACCAAAGGUGGCCGAGGCGGCACCAGAGGACGAGGAGGAGAGUUCUACGGGCGAGGCCGUGCUUACCGGGGCACCUACACGGCCAGCGCCGGACCAGCCGUGGUGGGCCGGGGCAGAAUGGGCGGCAGGAGCGGUCGAGACUACCGCCCCUCUGUCGGCGGCGGCCACCACCAAGAACCCAAAGUGGACGGACCGGGUCGACACGGUCAGGAGAGGUCCCAGCAUAACCCGGCCAGAGCCAGAAACCACAGCGAAACCCGCAGCGAGGGCUCCGAGUACGAGGAGAUCCCCAAGAGGAGGCGGGAGAGGGGCUCUGAGACCGGCAGCGAGAGUGGAGGCAGCGACCCGGCUCACUCUGACAAAGACAACAACCAAAAACCCGCCUCCAAGAACUGUUCUGACCACGUCAGCGCCGCAGGAACCGUCUCCUCCACUCUGCCCCGGGUUUCCCAGGCCCGUGUCUUCACCCCGAGGGGCGUGCCCUCCAGGAGGGGCCGGGGCGGAGGGGGCGGCGGAGGGGGGAACGCCUACAGAAGUAGCGGCAGCGUCGGAGGAGCACCUGGGGGACACCGGCUGGGACCCGGCUCAGGUUCUCACACCGGGUCCACCAAGUCCACGGGCCGUAAACAGCAAGGUCCACCUCAGACCUCUGGACCAAAAGACCCGGGUCGAGGAGGAAGCGCCGGAGACAAAAAGGACAAGGUACCUGAUGGAGGUCCAGCUCUGAAUCAGGGAACUAAUCCCCCUCAGCCGUCUCUGCUGGCCCCAAGCCCCCCUGCUCUGGCUUCCACUGAGAACGGGGGGCCGACGGCCCAGCAGCCCCCGACUAAUCCUCCACCAAACCCUGUCGGGCCCAACGCCCCCGCUCAGCCCACAAACCGAGGCCACCCCCCCGGCGGGUUUGAGAGGCCCCCCAGACGAAGGCGACACGGGCGUUCUCAGCACCAGCAGGACAAGCCGCCACGCUUCCGCAGGCUGAAGGAGCGAGAGAACGCCGCGCGCAUCAACGGCGGCGUGGGGGUCAUCGGUGGAGGAAGACCCACGUCUCCGGCUCUGAACUCGGUCCAGGGCAGCAACGGGGCUCCAGUUCCCGCCCCCGUCACAGGAAACGCCCAGAACCACAGCGCCACGCCGGCUGCCAACAGCUCCAACAGCCACCACCAUCACCACUACACCCAGGGCAGCAGCGCCCCCGCCCACCCCCACCACAACCACGGAGCCAAGUCUCCGGACUUCACCAACCAGAACUCAGACCAGGCCAACGAGGAGUGGGAGACCGCCUCGGAGAGCAGCGACUUCACCGAGUUCAGAGAGCGGGACGGAGGAGGAGGAGGAGGAGGAGGAGGGAAGCCCUACACCCCGCACCAUCACCACCACCUGGGCAGAGGAGGCGGAGGCCUGGCGGAUCGCGACCUGACCAGCAAAGAUCCCUCUGCGAACAAAAGGAGCUUUUCAAGCCAGCGACCCGGGAUGGAGCGCCAGAACCGGAGGGUCAACACCGGUGGCGGAGGAGGAGGAGGAGGAAGGGGUCCCCGUGGCCCACCCGGGGGCGGCCCCGGCGUGCCCGCCAACGGCGGCGGGAACCGCGGAGAGAAGCGCGGCAACUGGCCGUCACCGAAGAACAGAAAGUGAUGGAUUUAAAAAAAAAAGUUGGAUUAAACCCUCCCCUUCACAUCUUAAUCCCUUCAGAUUAUUUCACAGCUUAUCUGUUGGCAUCUUUAACACAUUAGUGCAUUGUGCAGUAUAUAAAGAUGGUAUUUAUAUUCACCUCCUCUCACCUCUGGCCCUGCUUCCUUAUUCUUUGUACCGUCCGUUAUUGUAAAUUUCUCUUCGUUCGGUCUUGCUCCCCUUUCGCCCCGCCCCCUCGUUAUAUUUUUAACCCUUUGACUCCUCCCCUCCCYGCUGGAUUAUAAAAGCAUGUGGUUGUGCCGUGAAGGCGCGCGCCGUUUCGACGGAGGACAUUGUACACGUUCUGUUCAAGAGCACAAUCUGUUUAAAAUGUGGGAUUAAAUUGGCCAGGCUGCUUGGAUUGGGCUCACUUUUAUAUUUGUAAUUAGAUUUGUACCACACUCCGGCCUCYGGUCGGGUCUGCAGUAACUUCCUUCGCAGACCGAAAGAGUGAAGAGUCAUCUUUUAACAUCAUUUUCUGUUUUUGUGUUGUUGUUUUUUUGAAGCAGGUCAUUAAGUACAUUUUUACUAAACCUCCCAUCUCCUGGUUUCUCUUCUGUAACGUUUGUGUGAAAAAGUAAUUUCUCAACAUCAGUGUUUUUGCUGCUUGUUCAGGUCUGUUUUUUUUUUUUUUUAAUUGUUGACCUGCUCUGACAUUUCUUUAAAUAUUUGUUUUAUAGGAACGAAGGCUUCUCUGGCCUCCUCGUAGCAUAAUUCUCACCCRGCAGACAACAAGAGUUUUGUUCACCCCCUUUAAAGACUGUAUCCACGGCUUUAUUUGAACAGUUUUCUUCAGUUACCUCCGUUUUAUGGAAACAUUUUUUUCUUUUUUUUUUUUUUUUCCUUGAAUUGAAAUCUCGUCAGGAGGGAAAAAACGGGAAAUGUAGGUCAGGAUGUAACGUUUAAUAAAAAUGUUUAUGCUUCAGUAGGUAAUAUUUUCUGAUAAGCACUCCUCGAAUGAAAGCACCCGUUUUUUUUAUUUUUUAUUUUUUAUUUGUACUUGUGCUGCAACAGGACGUCCUUCCUGCUGUCGUCUGUGGAGCGACAACUCUUCACAUCAAGGAUUUUUUUUUCUGCGCGCAGAAAUAAAACAAUUUGUGAGAUUUGACCAGAAUGAGACAAAUAUCGGUGUUAGGAUCACAACGUUAAAGAUUUUAAUCACACAAAGAGACUUAAAAGCAGCACCCGACGUGAACUAAAUAGAUUUUUCUCACCUGUAUCAGUUCUGUCACUGCUGUAAGUUGGGGUUUGUUUGUAUUUAGAUCGUCUCCGGGACGGCGAAAGUAGGGCAUUUGAUGAUUUUUUUUAUUAUUAUUAUUAUUUUUUUUUUGUGUGUGUGUGUACGUGCGUGCUUGUGUGGAUGUGUGUUUGUAAUAUCGGGACGGGGGGGGAGGACCAGAGUGUUUAACACGAACGGCAAGCACUUAUCUGCCUCGUUUGCCCAUGCGUGAUUCAACUGAUUUAUAAUUAAGACAACUCUGCUGUUUUGGUCUGCGCAGCCUAUGAAAAUAAGAAUCUGCAGCGGGGGAUUAUUACUAUUAUUAUUAUUAUUUUAUAUAUUUUUUCCACCAUAAACCUCUUGGCAUGAAAACAGAUGGGUGCUGCUUGUGUUGCCUGCUACUGGUUUAUAGCUGUACAUUUAAACACUGGCUCAAAGAGUCUUUCAUCCCUCCUUUAAUGUCCGUGUCAUUAUUGUAUGUACCCAUGUUUAAAAAAAAAAAAAACCAACAAAAAAACAAGAGAAGUAGUGUAUUCCAGCAGAAAUUUCUCAAAAGAUUGUAUUUUGUUUCCAGCAUUAUCGAGGUACCCUGGAGUGGUUCAAACUGUUUUUAGCAUUUAAAGGUUUUAGUAAAGGAACCGUGAUAAAACACACAUGUAUGUAUAUUGGUAUGUAUCUUUUGAGUUUUUGUCUACCCCAACUUACAUUCCCACAAACAAAUGUUGCAACUUUUUUAGUUCAAGGGAGCAAUGUACAAGCAGAGAAGUGUCUUAUUAUAAUAAAGUUAUACAGAGAAGGCAAAGUUAAAUAAAGUACUUUUGAUUUAAUGGAAAA